AUGGAUCUGUUUGGUGAACACUCCGAGAAUAGUUGCCGCAAGGAAUGUGGUAGGACAGAACAUGGUAGAUCUAGACGCAAUGGAGCGAUGAGGGGAAGACUGAUAAAACCGGAGCGAAGCAGUGAAGAGGGUGAAGCAGAAACAAACCUCUUUAGCGUUAGUUCGGGGGAUGAUAAAAUUGGAACGGAAGUGGACAAAAGGAGAACUCUUGACAAGAGGAGUGGUCUCUUUAGUGAAAGCGUAAACGAUAAGGAUAAUUCCGAGGAUUUUAGGACGAAAAGAAAAAGGAGGAAGGUGAGAAGUAAGUGCCUGUUCAGUAGCACUUCCGUUGGUGGAAGUAAUAAAAGUGAGAAAGCAUAUGAUGUAGUAAAAUUGGAGGAGAACAUUCCUCAGGAGGGGAACUCCCACUGUCUGUUUAGUAGCGAUGAGGAGGAAAUAAAUCAAGGGGAUAUAAAUCCACAUGUAAAGAACUCCAAUUGUCUGUUUAGGAGUACCUCCGAGAAGAGCUCCCACAGUGAAACAGAAGUGAAAGGGAAAAACAAAGGUGCAAAUGUAGAGGGUGCAAAUGUAGAGGGUGUAAAUGUAGAGGGUGCAAAUGUAGAGGGUGCAAAUGUAGAGGGUUCAAAUGUAGUGGGUUCAAAUGUAGAGGGAUCAAAUGUAGUGGGUGCAAAUGUAGAGGGUGCAAAAUUUCGAAGAAGAAUGUAUAUAAGGGAAGGAAGUUUCGACCCUAAUAUUGUUGAAAAGGAAAAAAAUAGAACACGGAAGAAAAUAUCCUCCUCUCGAAACACUGAUUUAAAGGGGAGAUCUAAUAUUGGAAAUAGACGUACCUACAAGAAUAAUAGGGGUAGACGUGGAAUAAAAGACACCCCUUACUAUAAUCUGCAUGAAACGAAAGAGGAAGGGAUGUACCGUUUAAUAAAUUUUGAAAAGUUAAAAAAAAGAGCUUCAAGGAAGUUAAAUUUUAUGAGCAUAGUGAAUAUGGCAAAUGGGGGUGGCGACUCGUCUGGGUUGUCAUCCUGCUCAUCGUCUCAUUGGUCCAUACGUUCAUCAGUGCGUCCUCAAGCGGGUAACCACCGGGGGGAAGAAAGAACUGAAAGCACAUCCAAGUCGGAGGAUGACAUUUUAAACCGCACGGGUGUGAGCUACGAGGCAUCAACUGAAUCAACGGAAGAAAGCAAAAAUGACAGUGCAUAUGUGAAUGAGGAGAAAGACAACAACAGAACUAUCGAUGUGUACAGUUACUACUACCUCGGUAAACAUGUGGACAAUCUGGUUCUUAAUAAGAAUGUAGAAAAAAUGGAGGGCAGCGUAAAUUGCAUUGAGAGUGAAAACCUACAUGACCAUUUGUUUGGCUUAGGAAAGGAUAAUUCUAAGAGGCCCGAUAGAGCGGAUAUCACGUCAAAAGGAAUGCAUAAAGCUAUGAGUAAGAAGAAGAUUCCACAAUUAGACAGAGUAACAUCCCUGAAAAUGAAGGAGCGACGGAGAAAAAUAGGGAAAGGGAAUAAUUUCAUGCUACAAAAAAAUUUUAAGAUGUAUAGAAAUUUUAAAAAUAUAAAUGUAGAAUUGUCAAGACAGAAUAACCUGAAAGGAUUGAACUUCAAAAAAAUGGUGGUGAAUUUCAUUCGACUUGUGAAUAAGAACAUGAUGGAGAUGAAAGAACAGGGAGAAAUGGAUCUGUCAAAGGAAGGAAACCAUUCAAGGGAGGAUUUUAAAGACACGAGCGAUGUAGAAGAGUGGUAUGCUACCAGAGGGGAUGCCAGGAAAGAAGAAGAAAGGAAAACAGAGGUAUCUUUGCAACGAGGGGAGAGUCAAUAUAGUCAGUUGGAGAUAGCUACAUGUACGUGCAUUUUUUGUUCAGAUAGGGAAAAAAUACUUACAAACGAAGAAAUGCAUGUAAGUACAUUUAAAUAUAUGAACGAAAGGAAAGAAGAAGACACAUUGGUCAAGCCUUUUUUCAUGCACAGCUAUGUGUUCACUGCUUUCAUCAAUUAUUUUAUUCAUUACGGGAGAGUAUCGUGUGUUCACAGGGGGGGGAAAACAGGUGGAAAAGCAGUUAGUAAACCAAUGGAGAAAAAUCUCCAGUUCUACAAAUUUGACAAAAGGGUGACAAGAAAAUAUGGAAUUAAGCGGAUAAUUCUUUUUGUGGCAAAAAGAGUGACACUCACAAGUGUAGGUAUCCACAUGGAAGGGUCGAACAUGUUACAGGAAGAGGAAGAGUUUGUUGUGGUUAUUAAUUUCUUUAAAUGGAGAAUGAUGCGUAGACGUUACAAAGAAAUUGUGAAAGUAAAGAGGAAGAAAAAGGAAAAGGAAAAUUCGAGAAUUCUUAAAAAUUUUUUUUUUGUUGUUAAAGCAAUUGAUGAGUAUUGCGUACUGUGCAACAUCCAAGUGGAUCGUCCUAAUGGUGGAAAAAGUUUUCGCGAAAGAGAAAGAAGAUAUAUGAAUCAACCAUUUUGCAGAAGGGAGGAUAAUACCCCUCGGAACGGGUGCACCUUCUUUGGUUCUUCUUAUUUUUCCCUUAAUGAGAUGAAGGUUUGCGAAAUUGAGGAUUCGCUAAAUCGCGACUUAGCCAAUUCCCGUCUGCAGUUCGCCCUCGUCGAUUCUCUGCGCGUCUCUGCGGGGCAUACACUUUACCUCUUCCCUGCGCAUAUUCUUGUGCUCGUCUGA